CGGUGUCCCAAGUCAAUCACUGCUGAAAAGACACCGAGAUGGGAAGACGUGGUGUGUUAGUAGCCUCGACCCUGGCACCCGCUGUGUAGCCAGGAAACAAGCCGAUCGGCUUAACACGACCACGGCAUCAAGCAAUCACCUGAACGGGAACGGCCAUUGUCUCCCUUUCAACGAACGACAUUCGACAAUGGUGAUGCGAUUGCGCUUGUAGACCAAGGCGAAACCACCUGUCCUAUUCAUAUAAUGUUUUCCUCUUCGAGCUCGAGCAAGAAAGCACCUCCCCAGCAGCAGGAGAUGGUGCAAGUUGACAGGUCCGACUCUGGCUCCCCUUUUUGGAGAGCGCCCCAGAAGGAUGCCCCGCUAAAGAAGACGACGACUCGUGACUCGGGCAAGAUAGUUGGCGCUGCCUACUCCCAUGCCGACAUGCUCAAGUUCGAAUCAAUAAAUCGACCACGCACCCCUCCUCCCUCUUCCUCUGCCCUCGGCCGAACCACCUCCAACAGUCGUUCAGCCUCGCCCCAUGUCAAAGGAGUAACAUCGCCCCCCUUUAAGAACUACAUGAACUUCAUAACGAGCACCAACGAAGACUGGGCAGCCGAUGACGCAGACGAUGUAUACGCCUACGAAGACGAUGGCGACGACGACUUUGGCCUUCCCAGUCUGUCCAGCAUGAAAAGGAAGUCGCGCCGGGCAGCAGCGCAGACUGAACAGGGAACCAGCCGAGGAAAAGCAGCAGACACGUUUACGGACUCGACCGGACGCCGAUAUUCAGACAGCGCCGACAUAGCCAUCGAGCGACCAGCAUCUACCUACCCCAUGCCCAAGAAGACCGAAGGCAAGAUCCUCCGACCACAGUACAGAGACAUACUCCGCGACCCCGCAAAUGCCCUACACCUAAUCAGCCACCCCUCAGUACCACCUAAUGCCUCCCAAAAGGAAAUCGAUGCCGCCAACUCAAGGAUAACCAGGAUAAACAAAUUCAAAAAGAUUCUCCAAGCGUCAACAAUCCCUCUCAACGAUCUCCGCGCCCUAGCCUGGUCCGGCGUACCAGAAGAAGUCCGGGCCAUGACAUGGCAGCUCCUGCUAAGCUACCUCCCCACUAGCAGUGAAAGGAGGGUAGCCACACUCGAGCGCAAACGAAAAGAAUACCUAGACGGUGUACGACAAGCCUUUGAACGAGCCGGUGGUGCUCCACCACCGUCCACCGGAAAGGGAGGCGGAGGCAACCGCGGCCUCGACGAAGCCAUCUGGCACCAGAUCAGCAUCGACGUCCCCCGAACGAACCCACACAUCGAGCUCUACGGCUAUGAAGCCACACAGCGCUCUUUGGAGCGUAUCCUCUACGUAUGGGCGGUUCGACACCCAGCAAGCGGCUACGUACAGGGCAUCAACGAUCUGGUGACACCCUUCUGGCAGGUGUUUCUGGGCACAUACAUCACGGACCCGGACAUAGAGAGCGGCAUGGACCCGGGCCAGCUUCCUAGGGUGGUGCUGGACGCCGUCGAGGCCGACACGUUCUGGUGCCUGACUAAGCUGCUGGACGGCAUACAGGACCACUACAUUGUGGCGCAACCGGGCAUUCAGAGGCAGGUGGCGGCGCUGAGGGACCUGACGCAGAGGAUCGACGCCGGGCUGGCGAAGCAUUUGGAGGAGGAGAACGUCGAGUUCAUCCAGUUCAGCUUCAGGUGGAUGAAUUGUCUGUUGAUGAGGGAGAUCAGUGUCAAGAACACGAUUAGGAUGUGGGAUACGUACAUGGCCGAAGAACAAGGCUUCUCGGAAUUCCACCUCUACGUCUGCGCCGCCUUCCUCGUCAAAUGGUCCGACAAGCUCGUCAAAAUGGACUUCCAAGAGAUCAUGAUGUUCCUCCAGUCCCUGCCGACACGCGAGUGGACCGAGAAGGACAUUGAGCUCCUGCUCAGUGAGGCGUAUAUCUGGCAGAGCUUGUUCAAGGGGUCCUCGGCGCAUCUGAAAGGACAGCCGAGUAGUAGGACGAACUCGUUGAACUUUCAGCUUUGAGCUGGGCACCUUGACACAAGGGACUUGCUUCAGGGCAAGAGAGACGCCACUUCAGGGGAUGUUCGAUUCGGAAGGAGCGGGAAAUUCCCCGUCUGUGAGAGAGUUUGGCCAGGCUGUCCUGGGGACGGCCAGUCAAGCCAGUCAGCCAGCCAGCCAUUGGGCUGCUGGUGCUGCAGAUAUGGACGGACAUACGGAACGAAAAAAGUUUAUAAUACCAAAGGGGACGGAAGAAGGGACGAAAGAUGAUUGCGAACAGAGAUACCAUUGGAUUGGAUUGGAUGAAGACGGAGGAGGCUGGCUACCCAAGUACGUAACCAGGUGCUACUUGUAAACUGAACACAGUACAUAGUUAGCUCUACAAGUUACCUACCUACUUAUUGUAAUAUUACUACCAUGACUGGAAA